AUUUAUGGUUAAACUCUAAAACAUGUGUGUGAUUUGGGGAUUCUAGAUUGUUUCACUGUUUGUCAUCUUGUUAACCUGUGGAUAUUAAUUAGAAUAUGAUUAUUUGUUCACAAUUUAUGGAUUUUUUUUUAAUUUCCUUUUUUAAUAUCCCUUCUGUUUCCGAAAGUAAAAUUUUCUAAAGUGUUCACGCUUAUUAAAAAUUUAAUAAAUGUUUAUAAUUUAACUUUUUUAUAUUUUAUUAUACACUUUUCGAUAAUUUUUCAUAAAUAAAAUUUAACUAAUUCAAAUAUUUUUAUUUAAUAUUUUUUAAAAGUAUAGAAAGAUAUUUUAAACAUAUAGAAAAUCUAUCAAAUAAUUUGUGAAAUAAGUAAAAUAUCUAAAAGGAGUUAAAGACCAAAAUAAUCUUCAUAACAUGGGCUUAAAAGGCCGAAAAUUUCAAGGCCCGUAUGUUAUAACAAGCCUCUACUUUUUGCGGUUUAACAAAAAGCCCAAAGUGAUUAGUGAAAGGGGGUUUAGGGUUUAUCUUCCCGGAGUUGAGCUAAAGGAGUGAUCAAGUCAAGCGAUGGAGUCUAGACCCGCCAAUGGUGAUUCGGAUCCUAAUUCAAACCCGGUGACUAAUUCAGUCGGUCCUCCUUCUGCUCUGACCUACCUCGAUCCUCACUACUGGGACGAGAGGUUCUCAUCGGAGGAACACUAUGAAUGGUUCAAGGACUACUCUCAUUUCCAGCAUCUCAUCAAAUCCAACAUCACUACCUCUUCUUCCGUUUUGGAGCUGGGAUGUGGGAACUCUCAGUUGUGUGACGAGCUUUAUAAAGAUGGGAUUGUUGAUAUCACCUGCAUUGAUUUGUCUUCCGUUGCUGUUGAGAAGAUGCAGACUCGGUUGCUGUCAAAAGGGUACAAAGAAAUAAAAGUGGUGCAAGCUGACAUGCUAGACCUCCCCUUUGACACCGAGUGUUUCGAUGUGGUUAUUGAGAAAGGGACCAUGGAUGUACUGUUUGUGGAUGCUGGUGAUCCAUGGAAUCCUCGUGAAGAAACCGUAAGCAAAGUCAUGGCUACUCUUGAUGGUGUUCACCGGGUUUUGAAACCAGAUGGGAUUUUCAUUUCCAUUACUUUUGGCCAGCCGCAUUUCAGGCGUCCUUUGUUUAUGGAUCCCAAGUUUAAUUGGUCCAUGGAGUACAACACUUUUGGCGAUGGAUUCCAUUAUUUCUUCUAUAUCUUAAGAAAGGGAAACAGACAUAUUGAGGAGAAAGAAGAACCGGAGAAACAUCAAAAUCCACCAAUAAACAUGUAUCAAGAUGAACUUGAAGGCGAAGACUACCUCUUCCGAACAAGCAUCGAUGCUGAGGAAAAUUAGAACAGAUUAUAAGUUUUGUUUUGCUGUGUAAUACUCUUUAACUAUUUUGAUUUGUAAUUGUAGUUCAAUCUUUGUGAUUUUAGACAAAAAGAUGAAACUAAAAAAUUAAGCUGAACAUAGCUCAUACA